AUGAAGUUCUCCUCCGCUCUCGGCCUUCUCGGCCUCUGCCUCGCGCCAGCAGCGGCCCUGAGCAACAAAAUCCCCGGCAACUCGCCGCUCGAGCUUUGUGACGGUGACCACAGCGCCGACCUCAUCACCAUCAACAAGGUUGACCUCACUCCCAACCCUCCCAAAGCUGGACAGGAUCUCCUCAUCAAAGCCAGCGGUACCGUCAAGCAAGCUAUCGAGGAGGGCGCCUAUGUGAAGCUUUCCGUCAAAUACGGCCUCAUCAGGCUCCUGACCACAACCGCCGAUCUCUGCGAGCAGAUCGGAAACGUCGACCUGAAGUGCCCUGUGAAGGCCGGCGACCAGACUAUUGAGAAGACUGUCAAGCUUCCCGCUGAGAUUCCCCCUGGCACAUACACCGUCUUCGCUGACGUCUACAACGCCGAUGAUACCCCUAUCACUUGCCUGACUGCUAGCGUCACCUUUGCAAUCGGUGGGAUGGGUUUCUUCAACGAGCUUUAA